AUGGCUCGUCAAGAACCGGGAGCCGUUCCAAAGCACAAUGCAAAUAGGAGGGUAUCUGCUCAAUUUCAGCCUAUCGAGAUAAUUCAGAAUGAUGGUACGUUGGAUCUAUAUUGUACCGAUAUCUUCUCUUACCUAAUAUUGAUAGAUGCGGCGUAUACUGAGCAACCUGUUGAGUCACCACAGCUCUCCAGGCGGGCAUCAGGGUCUGGGUUUGUGAGCGCUCAAGUUGCGGCAUGGCCGCCUGCUCCCCCGUCAAAGGAUCCUACCUCCCCGCUUCAACAGGAAGCUCAACCCAUUGCUCCAAGGCUCCGCACGAGAACCUCAUCCUCGUCCACCUCUGCACCUCCGUCGGCCUUCCAGAAACUCAUUGCCAGGGAGAGAGAUGAGGAAGGAAACAAGAUUCCAUCUCUCACCCUCUCUACACUGAGAUCCGAGCAAGGAAAUGUCUCAAGAAAGGCCAGAUACUAUGACGACCUUAACAGAGAAGCUACGAUAGAGAUGGAAAUGGGUGUUCGCUCGGGCCUUUCCGAAGAUGGCUCCCAAGGUGCACGAAGGCGUUCAAGAGUUUUCAGCGACUCAUCGUCAACUUCUUACAUCGACACUGCUUUACCUAUAUCACCUUCUCCAGCUGCUUCUGAUCCU